AUGGAGCGGAACAGCGGGCUGGAGGCUGGGCCGGAAGCGGAGCUGGAGGAGGGGGAGCCCGAGGUGAAGAAGCGGAGACUCCUGUGUGCGGAGUUUGCUUCGGUCGCGAGUUGCGACGCCGCUGUGGCUCAGUGCUACCUGGCCGAGAACGACUGGGAGAUGGAAAGAGCACUGAACUCCUACUUCGAGCCGGCCGCGGAGGAGAGCGCUUCAGAAAGCCGUCAUGAAGAAGGAUAUUUCACAGCUAUAAUGUUGAAGAAAUCGAGAGUGAAGUUUAAAAGCCAAGAAAUUAUUCCUUUUCCAAAUACGCAAAUGAUGAGAAACCUUUUGUGUGUGCAUGUGAGUGUGUCAGGAAAUGAGCUUUGCCUUAUGACUUCUCAUUUGGAAAGCACCAGAGGGCACGCUAAGGAACGAAUGAAUCAGUUGAAAAUGGUUUUAGAGAAAAUGCAAGAGGCUCCAGAAUCAGCUACAGUUAUAUUUGCUGGAGAUAUAAAUCUCAGGGAUCAGGAAGUUACCAAAUGUGGUGGUUUACCCAACAACAUUUUGGAUGUCUGGGAGUUUUUGGGCAAACCUAAGCAUUGCCAGUAUACAUGGGAUACACAAAUGAACUCUAAUCUUGGAAUAGCUGCUACUUGUAAGCUUCGUUUUGAUAGAAUAUUUUUUAGAGCCUCAGCAGAAGGUGGCCACAUUAUUCCCCAAAGUUUGGACCUGCUUGGGCUGGAAAAACUGGACUGUGGUAGAUUUCCCAGUGAUCACUGGGGUCUUCUGUGCAACUUAGAUGUAAUAUUGUGA